AUGAUUUAGGUGUUUAUGAAGGGUAAUGGGUAAAUGAUUAUUAGUAAGGGAGUAUAAUCUUACAGUAGUGGAGAUAUUCAAGUUGGAUAAUGGAUGAAUGAUAAACUGCAUGGAGUAAUGAUGUAUAUUCCAAAGAAUGGUGGGUAGAUAGAAAUAUAGAAAUAUGAGAAUGAGGAGAUAUUAGAGAUAUUAGGUAAAACAGAUAAUGUUUAAAAUUGA